CUUGGCGUUCUGACGCUGCCGUCGUUUUCCGGCACUUCCUGUUCCUGGACGAUGGCGCGGCAAUGCCGGCCUCGUGGCCUGCCGCGGACACCGUGCCUAACCCAGCGCCACGGACAGCGGCCCAUUCCUGUUCCUACUCCAUCCUUUUGAGGUGGUGUUUGGAUGCAGCCUGCAAUUCCGGAUGCAUUUCCAGUCGCUGGUCCCCAGGGAAUGUGGAGUUACUUCAACAUCUUGGUUUGAUCAGCCACUGAAAGGGAGCCAGUGCUAGGUCUCCACGGCUGGCCUCAUCUGGUCUGUGGAAGGACGGUGUGUUUCACAGCAGGUCAGAGGUCUACUGACAGGCAGCAGCUGGACGUGACAAGCGAGAGCUCCAGCUCCCAGGAGAAGACUCACCGCGACCCACAUGACACUGGUGUGCUCCACGAUCAUCCUGGACAGCUCGAGUCCAGGCCUCUCGGGAGGACUCGCGGGGAGGAGCACAGCCCCCACCUGCUGUGUACCCUUUGCAGUCCUUUGGCAAAGGAAAUCGGGCCCAGAACAGCGGCGGCAACAGCAGCCAGACGCCGAGGCCGCUUCUGAAUUCCUCUUGGUGUGAGGCACUCGAGUCGCAAUGGUUGCCAAGUACAUCCUGUGUGACUGGCGGGGCCACUUAUGGCCAGCAAAGGUUUUGUCCAGACGCGGCCCCUCAGCAAAAGCUAAGAGGAAGAGGGCGCUGUUACUAGCCGUUCAGAUCCUCGGAGUCGAUGAAAAAAUCAGAGUGAAGAGAGCAGACGUGAAGGCCCUGACCACCUCUGACCUCGAAGCGGUCGCCUUCUCAGCUAGGACAAUGCCGAAGGGCAGCAUGCCACUGGGCCAGAAGAGGGGCUACAGAAGGGCCCUGAGAGCGGCCUGGGAGAUGCUACGCAAGAGAGCAAGCUGGGGCCAAGAACAAAAAGCAAAAGCGCCAAAGGCGCUAGCACCGCCCCAAAAGACCAGACAGAAGCCAGGCUGCCCACUGGCUCGUAAAAGGCAUAGGAAGCCGAGAAGGGCCCUGUGGACCAGGCGCAAGAAAAGUAAGAGGCCAGGACCGGAACCAGGGCCGAUGCCUUCAGAGAGCGAGGAUGCCUUCCUGCUGGGCGAGAAACUGCAGGAGCCCAUGAGCGCCGCCCCUCCUGCAGCCGCUGUGCAGACCGAGGCCCCCCACAGCUCCAGUGUGGGCCAGAAGGUCCCGACACUGGCGAGCCCGAGAAAGAGAAAGGCAAAAGAAAAGCCAAAGGGCAAGAGAGGAAAGGCAGGCACCUCGGCAGUCGCAUGCCUGACCCCCACGGUCGUGGAGGAGGGUGCUGGUGCCACCCAGGACCAAGGGGUUCCAUCUCAGCCCCUUGGGCUACCCCGCGCUGAGCCCAGGGCUGUGUACAGAGAGGCAGAGGACAGCUGCCCAACGACCCAGGCAACGUCCUCAGAGUGCUCCGUGUCCACUGAACGUACAGAGGACUCUGGAGAAGAUACCUCAGAGGCAGUCUCACAAGCGGCUAGGGUGCCCUUCAAAGACCGUCUCCCAAAGCUGCGAAUUGUCUUCCGUACACCAAAACGAAAAAAGAAGCUCCGGAAAGCAGCCCGUGACAAGGGGUCUCCCAAGAGCCGUGGGAAGACUGGCAAGAAAGGGGGAAAGGGACGAGUCACAGGACUCCUGACUCCCGGGGAGAAGCGCUCCAACAAAAAGCAAAGGCUGGUUGACAAAGGACCAGCCAAGGUCCCUAGAAAGGCUGGCAGGAAGGAGGAAGAGGGACCAGCCACAAGCGACACGGCUCUCCAGGAGACGCGUGCCACCAAAAAGCGAAGGCUGGAUGAGAAAACACGUCCCGAGAUCCGUGGGACAUACAAGAAAGGGGAAGAGGAGCCGUCCACCAGCUCUGCAGCUCCCCGGGCGACACCCCGCAUCAAAAAAGGAAGGCCGCCCCGCAAACGACCACGAAAGAUCCCUGGCAAGGCGGGCAGGAAUGAGGAAGAUGAGCUAGCCAGUAUGUUCAUGGCUCUCCACAUGUCGCCCCCCACCGAAACGCAGCAGCUGGUUAACAAACCACUCUCCAAGGUCCCUCGGAAGGGUGGCAGGAGAGCAGAGGAGGGAGCACCCACCACCCUCGUGACUCUCCAAGAUACACAGCCCGCUGAAAAGCCAAGGCUGGAAGACAUAGAACCACCCAAGAUCUCUGGGGAGCCCUACAGGAAAGAAGAAGGCCCACAUGCUAGCAUCGUGACUCACCAGGAGCCGCCCCCCACCGAAAAGCUAAGGCUGGCUGACGAAGGACUGCCCAAGGUCCACGAGAAGUCUGACAGGAAAGGGGAGGAGGGAGCACCCAGCAGCUUCGUGGCUCCCCAGGAGAUGGACUCCAUUGAAAAGGCAAGGCUGGUUGACAAAGAACCGCCCAGUAUCCAUUGCAAAACUGACAGUAAAGGGGAAGAGGAGCCAUCCACAAGCUUUGCAGCUUCCCAGGAGACACCCCCCAUCGACACGGGAAGGCUCGAUGACAAAGAAAUGUCCGUGGUCCCUCAGAAGGGUUACAGGGAAGAGGAAGAGCAACCAGCCAUUCGCAUCAUGACUCUUCAAGAUACACAGUCCACCGAAAAUGGAAGGCUGUUUGACAAAGGACCAACCAAGGUGCCUGAGAAACCUGACAAGAAACAGGAAGAGGGACCAGCCACAAGUACCAUCGCUAUCCAAGUGACACUUCCCACCCAAAAGCAAAGGUUGGAGGACAAAGUACUUCCCAAGAUCCAUUGGACUUACAAGAAAGGGGGAGAGGAGCCAUCCACCAGCUUUCCAGCUCCCCAGGAAAUGCCCCUACUUGAAACAGGAAGGCUGGAGGACAGACAACUUUGCAAGAUCCCUGGCCAAGCUGCCCGGAAUGAGGACGACAAACUAUCCACUAUGCUCAUGACUCUCCACCUCUCGCCCCCCACCGAAAUGCAACGGCUGCUUGACAAACCACUGUCCAAUGUCCCCCAGGAGCGUGGCAGGAAAGAAGGAGAGGGACAAGCCACUAUCUUCAUGACUCCUCAGGAAUUACCCCCCACCGAAAACAAAGGUGGGUUGACAAAGGAAUUUCCAAGACCUACAGUACCUACAAGAAAUGGGAAGAGGAACCAUCCACCAGCUGUGCAGCUCCUCAGGAGAAGCCCCUUAUUGAAACAGAAAUGCUGGACGACAAACGACAGAAGGGAAGCCUGGUUGACCAAGGACAGCCCAAGAUCCAUUCUAAGACUGACAGUAAAGGGGACGAGGGAUCUUCCACGUGUUUUAUGGCUCCCCAGGAGAUCCCUCAUCAAAACAGGAAGGGUGGUUGACAAAGGACCACCCGGGAUCCCUGGAAAGGCUGCCAAGAAUGAAAAAGAGGGACCAGCCACUUUGAAACUCUUCAGAACUCCCCAGGAUUUGCCUGCCACCAAAAAGCAAAUGCCGCUUGACAAACCACUGUCUGAGAUCCCUCAGAAGGGUGGCAGCAAAGGGGAAGGGGGACCAGCCACUAGCAUCGUGACUCUCCAAGAUACAUGCCCCACUGAAAAGCAAAAGCUGGAGGACAAAGGAUCACCCAAAAUCCCUCAGAAACCUGGCAAGAAACAAGAAGAUGGAGCAGCCACAAAUGUCAUGGCUCUCCAAGAGACAUGCCCCACCGAAAAGCAUAGGCUGGUUGACAAAGGACUUCCCAAGAUCCAUUGGACUUACAAGAAACGGGAAGAGGGACCACCCACCAGCUUUGCAGCUCUCCUGGAGAAGCCCCUCAUGGAAACACAAAGGGUGGACAAAAAAGGACCACCCAGUAUUCCUGGGGAGACUGGCAGGAAAGACGAAAAGGGACCAGCCACCAUCGUUGUGGCUGCCCAGCAGUUGCUCUCCACCAAAAAGCAACGGCUGGUUGACAGACCACUGCCUAAUAUCCCUCAUAAGGGUGCCAGGAAAGAGGAAGAGGGACUAGGCACUAGCAUCGUGGCUCUCCAAGAUACACAGCCCACCCAAAAGCAAAGGCUGGUUGACAAAGGACUCCGCAAGAAACCUCAGAAGGCUGGGAAGAAAAAGGAAGAAGGACCAGCUACUAGCACGGUGACUCUCCAGGAGCCAUACAUUUCUGAGAAGCAAAGGGUGGUGGAAAAAUUAUUUCCAAAGAUCUGCUGGAAGUCCGAUGAGGAAGCAGGAGAGGGAGCAUCCACCAGGCUUGCAGCUCCCCAGCAGUCGCCCCUCACUGAAACGGGAGGGCUGAUUGAUAAAGGACCACCCAAGGUCCCUGGGAUGAGUGACAGGAAAGAGGAAGAGGGACCAACCACUAGCACUGUGACUCUCCAGGAGUCACACAUCGCUGAAAAGCAAAGGUUGGUUGAAAAAUUAUUUCCCAAGCUCUACUGGAAGUCCGACGGGGAAGCAGGAGAGGGGCCAUCCACCAGCUUUGCGGCUCCCCAGGAUGUGUCUCCUGCCAAAAAGAGAAGGCUGGUUGAGAAAGGACUGUCCAAGAAGUCUGGCAGGAAUGGGGGAGAGGGACCAUCCACCAGCCUUGCGGCUCUCCAGGAUUCGCCCCCCGCCAACAAGCAAAGGCUGGUGGACAGAGAAUCGCCCAAGACCCCUAAGAAGGCUAUCAGGAAGGGAGAAAAGGGACCAGCCACACCGAGCCCCAUCGGAAAGGGAGCGCUGGUGUGGUUUAAAUUUCAGGAGCACCCGUACUGGCCGGCAGUGGUCAAGAGUGUCAGUGAGACAGACAAGACGGCCAGGGUGUUCCUGAUUGAGGCCAGCCUGUGUCCAGAAAAGCGCGGCAUUCGAGUUCCUCUUGCAAGACUGAAGCACCUGGACUGUGCAGGGAAGGACAAGUUCCUGAAGACAGCCCGGAAGGCGUACCCGGAGGGUGUGAACUGGGUCUUCUCCCUGAUCACCCAUUACCGAAAACAACUCGGCCGGGGCUCUUUCGUGGGCUCUUUCCUGAACUAUUACACCGCCGAUGUCAGCUACCGUAUCAGGAGAGUCAUCCAAGACAGCGAACUGGACAUCACCUUCCCCAAAGUGGACUACACCGAACUGGAGGCCCUGGAAGAUUCUGAGGAGACCGCCCUGCAAGGGAUGCCAUCCCACAAGAAAAUUCUCCCCGACCGCACGAAGGCUGCGUGGGACCAGAAGCUGGUGGAUUUCAUCGUGAAGAAGAAGGGGGCCGACGGCCACCUCCUGGCCAUCCUGAAGGGCAAGAAGCAGUCCAGGUGGCUAAGGUCAUUUCUGAAUUCCCACCAGUACGUGGUGUGCGUCGAGACAUACCUGGAGGACGAGGACCAGUUGGAACUCGUGACGAAACAUCUACAACAAGUCUACGAGCAUAUAGACCAGAGGUUGCAGGCUCUGGUCAGAGACAAAGUCAAAUUCGUGCUGGAAGUCCUCCUGCCAGAAGCAAUCAUUUGUUCCAUUGCUGCCCUCGAUGGCCUAGAGUACAAGGACGCAGAAAAGAAAUACCUGCAAGGGCCGCCCGUGCAUUACCGCGAGAAGGAACUGUUUGACAAAAACAGCUUAAAGAGAGUGAGAAGGAGGCUAGCCUCCACGUGUGCUGCGAGCAGUUCUCUGGGCGCGCCUGGCCCUCAGCACGCAGCCUCCUCGUCAUCUCAGUAAUCAGGUGGAGCGCCACGUGGGCCCCUGCUCUACCGCAGGUGGACAACAUGUGCAGCUGCUUUUGGAUCCACCUCUAGCACUUGUGGGGCGCCACACUCAUCCACCUUUGUCCUCCACACGCCCUUCACAAGCCCCUCUGCACGCAUUUGCCUUGCCGUCCAUGCUCGCACGGACAGACUCAUCCAGACAUUUUCCAAAGAAAAGGCCACGAUUGUUCCCAGCAUGUCUCUCUGACUGCAAGCAGCAUUUCCGGAGAGGAUGCAUACUCUGAUUUACACCGCAAAGCACUGAAACCGUCCGGGAUGCAACCACCAUCUUUCAGACCCUCGUGCACCUUCUCACAGAAACAUCACCUGCGUUUCUCUUGGCGUUAGGCCUAACGCUGAAAUGAACGAGUGGGUUCCUUCCCAAGGUAAUUCCCGAGGUUUCCCUGCCAUGCCUCUUUAUGCUUUGCUGUUUCUUUGAUUUUUAGAAAAUAGCCCUAAGAGCUGAAACUAAUGACACAAACGCCUUCCCGCAUCUCAGCCCUGCCCUCUGCUACCUUUUCCCGAGGCAAUGCCGAGUGGCAGACAGAAAGCCCAUCGGGCACCGGCACGCUGUCCACGUGUGAGGGAAUAACAUCUCGGCGGGCAGGAAGCACUCCACCGCCUCACGCAGGAUGGCUCACUGGGCUUACCCGAAAUCCUGCCCAUGUGGUAGCUCUUCUUCCACAGCUGAAGCGUGUCCCGAGGCACACAGGUUCUCGGCUGACCUCGCGACUGGGGGCGGCUGGACCCUCUUCCUACAGCUGCCUGUCCCGGAGGAUGGCGGCCCCGAACCUCCCAGUCACAGGCCCGCCUCUCCACACCUUUGAGUAGCGCCUGGCUGCCCAGGCGUGCUCCUACUCUGCUGGAAAUUGCAGGAAUCCCAGCACCUUGAUCCGGAUCCCGGAUCCCCGCCCUGGAAUCCUCUGCCUGCCACCAACCCAGCUUUACCUCCCAGCUGACUCAUUUAGCCAGCCCCGACAGCUUCCCACGGUACGAAGGCAGACCACCGAGUCAUACCAGGCUGCUCGAGCAGGGGACAGCUGUGGCUUUUCACCUAAAUGCCACCCUUGUUGGGACGUCAUGAAGCAUGCGCAAUUGAAAGGGACAUUCCACAUCCCGUGGGUUCUUAGACUAACUUAAGCCAAGGCGUUUUGAGAGCAAAUGUCAGAAAAGCUGGUUUGUUUCGAAAACUUGGUGCGGAAACCAACAUGAAGGACUUAAGUUGAACUUUACUGUGUUUGCUGUGUGUAGUUCUUACAGGGAGCCAGCUGUUCUCAUGGAGACUGGUAUCCAUUCACGUGACGGUGUGGUAUUGUCAGAUUUGCAGAGUGUUUGCAACCACAAUGUGUCUUAACCUAAUAUAUGCUCCCUUGUGCUUUAGAUUGUACAACAUAGAUGGAGUGUUUGUGAAAAAACUCACAUGCACACACACCCAAAGAAAGUAUAGUUUGGGAACCAUAAUGGUUGCUGUUGUCAUGUUUGACUGCCCAUUCUGAAUUUUCUCCUCAUUCUAAAUCAGUUUUCUUUCAUGCUUCGUUUUGGAAGAGCUCCUUCUAAGCUGUAUCAGGCCGGACUAGGGAAUGUGCAGUGUGGCAGACAAAAUCACAUCCACUGCCACAAGUCCUGGUAUCCAUCUUUAGAAUCUGUGCAUGUUACUUCACAGAGCUGUGGGGAUCUUCCAGAUGUAUUUAAAGACCUUGAGAUGGAGCGGUUACCUUUGGUUAUCCAAGUGGACCCAAAGUAGUCUCGAAGAUCCUUACAUAGGAAGGUAUAGAUCAGAGUAAUAGAAGCUGUGCUGAUGAAAGCAGAGUCAGAGACUUGAAGAUGCUUAUACUACUGACUUAGUCAUAAAGACACAAAAAUGGUCUGCAGGCCAAAAAGUGCAGGUAGACUGUGGAAGUUGCAAAAAACAAGGGGAUGUUUUUUUUCUAGAGCCUCCAGAAAGAACAUGACUCUGUUGACACUUGGAUUUUAGUGAGAACUUUCCCAGACUCUGACCCCUGGAAUGGUUGGAGAAACAAUUUGUAUUACUAGUACACUACAUUUGUGGUAAUUUGUUAUGGCAGCCUUAAGAAGCUAAUACAACUGAAAAAUGUACAGUUUCAUUGCUAGGGAUAGCUGUGUUCUGGAAGCUUGGGUGCUGAUAACGGCGUUCUAAUGCCGGGGUGUUGUAGGAGGACUCACAGGGCACUGAGAAAGAGUCUGGCGCUGACAUGGGCCAGCAUAGAGUGUGAACCAGCUUCCCAAGAACAAA